AUGUCCUGCAAGAAGUGCCUUGAAAACUAUGGGAGGACAGAUCUGGAUGUUAUCCUUGAAGAGUACCACUGGAAGGACCUCUCAAACAUAACUGAUGACCUGUGGAUAUCGGUGGCAUCAAGCAAGACGAGACAACAGCCAGUGGAUUACAUCGACUGGGUGAAAAAGAAAAGGCUUCCAACCUGCGACGUCAUCCCGAUGUGCCUCAGUUCAUCCCGGCUUCUCCUCCAAGGAACUGUUCUGCACUGAGCACUCUUCCCAGAGAAACACAAGUGGAAUGUGUUCAGAACACGCUCAGUCCUACUGGUGUUGUCCAGCACAGCUUGUCUUUGGUUCGCUGCUUGUCUCAGCGCCUUCCACUGCGCAAAGAUUGCCACCUUCACUCAUCGCUUCUUCCUGCUAAUGAAGCUGAGAAUCACCGAGAUGGUCCCCCAGCUGCUUCUGGGGUCCGUCUUGGUCUCUUUGAUGUCUUCCCUCCCUUUCAUCUGGAUGGAUUACAGUGCUCACCUCUGCAACUCCACCAGGAGCCAUCUGAAAAAUGCCACCUUUGAAAGCCCCAUUGGAAACAUCUCCUACUUCAAGGUUUUCAGCAUGUACCUGACUUGGGCUAUAAUUCCCCUUCUGCUCUUUCUAGCAUCUUCUACCCUGCUAAUUGCCUCUCUGUGGAGACACACCAGGCAGAUAAGAGACAGCGCAGCAAGUUUCAAGGAUCGGAGAACCGAUGCUCACAUCACCGCCAUUAAAUCUCUGAUCUCUUUCCUAAUGCUCUACAUCUGCAGCUUUGUAGCCAACAUUCUGCUGGGAUUCCCUUCCUGCCGAGCUAGAAACAGAUGGAAAUAUAGAAUCUGUACACUUGUGAUGGCUGUAUGCCCUUCAGUCCAUUCCAUCCUUUUGAUUCUCCUCAAUAUUCGUCUGAAGCUGGCUCUCAAAAGCUGCCUGCUUUACAUGAAAUGCCAUUGUAGAAAAGGCUAUUGGUAA